GUGCCAAAGAGCAAAGCAUGAAUGGAAGGGCGGACUAUCUCCUCUCUGAGGAAGUGAUCGACCUCACCAGAGGGCCAGCAGGCUUGGGGUUUAACAUAGUUGGAGGGACAGACCAGCAGUACAUUACCAAUGACAGCAGCAUCUAUGUUAGUCGGAUUAAGGAAGAUGGAGCUGCUGCCCUUGAUGGACGCCUGCAAGAGGGAGACAGAAUUUUAGCAGUUAAUGGCACGGAUCUGAAAAACAUGCUGCACCAGGCGGCUGUGGAUCUGUUCCGAACUGCUGGGGACAGCGUAUCACUCAAGGUCCAACACAGGUUGUUGCCUCAGAAUGGUCCCUCGAGCCACCGAGGGGAUGGAGAGCCAGGAGGUAUACCUUUGGCUGUCAUUUUGGUGCCUGGGCUGGCGAUCGCAGUGGCCGCCGUGUGGGCCUUCCUGAGAUACCGACAGCGAGUGUGACCGAUGCCUUCACCUGUAGAAAUACCUAGAGAAACCUACAGAUCUAUGGAGUAAUUUAAAGAGAGCCAAUCAACACUUUUAUUUUUGGACUGAUGUUAGGCAGUGGGGAGAGGAGAACAUCUUUGCCUACUGUAAAGUUGUUGCUGCUGUUCGUACUGUCAUGAAUUUCAUGUAUUGGGAGAUGGAGAUAGGAAGUACGAUGAUUGUUGAUGAACAGGGAUGCCCCAUUUCAUUGAUCUUCCAUUCAGUCGUUCAGUUCCCUUCUCUUCUUUCCUGUGCCCCUUGAAU